UCAUUGGGGGGAAGCAGACGCCUUGGAUAGAUGAAGAAGCACCACCACGCCGCCACGUGGAAGCUCCUCCUACUCCUCCUCCUCAUCCCCAUCCUCGGCUCCUUAUUCCCAUACGCUGCCGUCUCGGCCUCCGCGCUCCAGCGAUCGCAGCCGGACCACCACAACGCCGGCCUCUCCCGCUCUCCCGGCCGAUCGCUCCUCUCCCACCCGCCGCCUCAGCGUAUCUCUCACUUCGAGGCGGCACGGGAGGGGAAGUUACUGCUGGUGGACAGUAAUUCCGGCGCGGUAAUUUAUGGCGUGGAUUUAGGGAGGCCGCUGUACAGUUCAUAUCAGGCGCCUCAACUCAGAAAUAAUGUGUACGUAGAAGAUCCUAAUAGAUUUUAUCUAGACGCUGACGAAGAUGGCCGACUCUAUAGCAUAAGCAAUGGCAUCAAAAGGAAACUUGAUAGGCCUAUGGCUGAAUUUGUCCUUCUGACGCCUCAUACAUCAGACGAUGGAAGUGUAACAGUUGGAUCGAUGAAGACCACGACCUAUGUAAUUGAUCCUUGGACUGGAAGGAUAAUUCACAGAUACCCUUCAACACUUGGAGAGGAGCAGGGUCUACUUUACCCUGGUAUUAUCAAACGCAUUAAGCAAUUGGUCAAGCUUGGUCCAACGAGUCCGAAUUCUGCUAUGUCGCAACUACAAGUACUGGUGACAGAGUUUACUCUGAUGACGUACUUUCCGAAGUCAAAUGAAGUCGCCUGGAAUUUGACAUUUUGUGAAAUUGGAGUUGUAUCAUUCUGUUCAGAUAUUGAGAAUCCUGUUAUCGGGGCCCUUGAUUCUGAAGCAGGCGGUGAUGUUGCCUCACCAUUACCAUGCCAUUCCAAAGUAAGAGUACCCCACCAAAGGCGUAUAUCGAUUGAACCACCUGUACAUGGCAGAUUAUUAGAGGAACAAAACAAACAUAAGAUACUCUCGAAUUCUGCUUCAAAUGGGAGGAAAUCUCCUACUGGCAUGUUGGUCUUGCUUUUUGAUCGAUCACGAGUUUGGACUCUCACUUUCUCCUUUUUUAUCCUCCCGGGCUUUGUUAUAUGCUGCUGUGCUUACGUGGUUAGUAGGCAACGGCUCGCUGAUCCAAAUGCUCUGCCUUCCAAGAGUAAGAAGAAUCAGAAAUCAGGAGAGACAACUAGUGACAUUGGUGAAGAGGAGAAUCAUGUAUCAUCUCAGGAUGAGGAAGCUUUAGCCUACUCUGAUGGUGUCAACAAAACAUUAUCACUUGAUAAACUAUUGUAUGGUGCUGCGGUUGGUCGCAGGAUUGGUAAACUACUCAUAUCAGAUAAAGAGAUUGCCAAGGGAAGCAAUGGUACCAUUGUGCUGGAGGGAAUUUAUGAAGGUCGACCUGUUGCAGUCAAACGCCUUGUUCUAGGUCAUUAUGAUAUGGCUUUCAAAGAAAUUCAGAAUCUUAUUGCAUCUGACCGACAUCCAAAUAUAGUACGCUGGUACGGGGUAGAGUAUGAUCGAGAUUUUGUUUAUCUCUCUUUGGAGCGCUGUAUCUGCAACUUGGAUGAUUUGAUACAAAUUCACGCAAAUUCCUCCCAAAAUCCAGUAGCUGGUGAGGACCAUCCUGUGAUUCAAAAUAAGGUUCGCUUGUCCGUGGUGAAGAAUAUCAUGCCAGAUGUUAAUUUAUGGGAAGAUAAUGGUCUUUUGUCCCCUCUAUUAUUGAAAUUGAUGAGGGAUGUGGUUUCUGGGCUUGUGCAUCUACAUGAAUUAGGGAUAAUUCAUCGGGACUUGAAGCCUCAAAAUGUUUUGUUGAUCAAGGAAGGCUCGCUGUGUGCAAAGCUGUCAGAUAUGGGUAUCAGCAAGCAACUUAUUGGGGACAUGUCUUCGCUGGGUCAUCAUGCUACUGGAAAUGGUAGUUCGGGUUGGCAAGCACCCGAACAGCUUCUUCACGGGCGGCAAACACGUGCUGUGGAUUUGUUUAGUUUAGGUUGUGUCCUAUUCUUUUGUAUCACUGGUGGCAGACAUCCAUUUGGUGACCGCCUUGAACGUGAUAUAAAUAUUGUGAAGAACCAAAUGGAUCUGUUCUCGGUCGAGUAUCUUCCAGAAGCUUUGGAUCUUAUAUCUCGAUUGUUAAACCGCGAUCCUGAAUUGAGGCCAAAGGCUUUGGAGGUGUUGCACCAUCCUCUUUUCUGGAGCUCUGAGACAAGAGUCUCAUUCCUGCGAGACUAUAGUGACAGGGUAGAAUUGGAAGAUAGAUGGUCCAACUCUGAUCUUCUGAGAGCCCUAGAGAGUACUGCGCCCAGAGCUUUGGGUGGGAAAUGGAAUGAGAAGAUGGAACCUGCAUUCCUCACUAACAUUGGCCAAUACAGGCGUUAUAAGUUUGACACCGUCCGAGACUUAUUGCGAGUCAUGCGGAACAAAUCAAAUCACUAUAGAGAGCUCCCAAAAGAAAUCCAGGAACUCCUAGGACCAUUGCCUGAAGGAUAUGAUGCCUACUUUGCAAGCCGGUUCCCAAAACUUCUGAUAGAAGUAUACAAAGUUGCGUGCAAACAUUGUAGAGAAGAGGAAUGGUUUCAGAAGUAUUUCAAAAGUACUGCUAAUGAGUCCUCGGGUCUCUAGUCACCAAGUUAUGCUGAAAUAAAACACUUGCUUUGUGUAGGGUUGGCGUAGUUUGUAUGUGUAGAUGCCUGUAAAUAUAUAUAAUG